AUGGCCGACCUCAACCUCCCCGUGGUCGUCUUCCUGAUCGUGCUCCUGACCCAGCUCGUCGCCUGGGUUGGCAAGACGGCGCUGCAGGAAUUCGCGUUUGGCGCAUACACCCGCUUCUUCCUCGCCGGCACUCAGAGCCGACAGAAGCGCCUCCGGGCACAGGUUCUGCAGGACAAGGCCGAGCUGGCCAAGACAAGCAGCCAGGACGAGUUUGCCAAGUGGGCCAAGCUCAGACGCAAGGUUGACAAGGGGCUGGCUGACCUCGAAACAACGAACACCUCACUCUCCUCGGCGCGGGCGGCGUUUGGACUGAGAUUCUCGUCUCUCAUCUGGGUCGUCACGACCGGCGCAUCCUUCUUCCUCGUGUGGUGGUACCGCCGCGUGCCCGUCUUCUGGCUCCCCGCGGGCUGGGUGCCCGGGCCCGUCGCAUGGGUCCUUGCCUUCCCCGGCGCCCCCCGAGGUAAAGCGAGGGCGACAACGAAGCUGACCCCAGGCUCUGUGAGCGUCGGCGCGUGGAGCACAGUUUGCAAGCAGGUCCUUUUGACUGCCGAGGGAAUAGUCAAGGCACUGCUCGCCCCCACGCCCGGUGAGCUAUGGCCGGAUGCACAAGCUGACCUCAGUGGCUGA